GCACCAGUCUGGUUCUGCUGCGGUUCUGUUGGGUCUCAGGUUGUUGUUCAGAUUUUCUUCAUCAACUCUUUGGAUCAUUUGAACAAACUGUGAAGCUAGAAAGUGUGUGUGAGCUGAUGUGGAUUCAGCAGCAUGGAUCAGUGUGAGGACAGAGAGGAGGGAGUCCCUCCCUCUAAAACCACUCUGUGUGGGGAAGAUGAGAGCCAGAGCAAAGGUCAGAGGAUCCAUCAGAGACUCAAACCAGAACCAGAACCAGAACCCAGCUGUGUGUCCUUGAAGAGCAACUGGUCAAAGGGUAUUGGCAUUGACUUUAAAUCUCCUGGAUCUCCACCAUCAGAGAGAGUGGACCAGCAGAGCUCAGAGGUUCCCAGUGGUCCAUCUGCCAGCACCAUCAAACACAGCUGGACUCCAUAUUUAUGUUGUCAACAUCAACUUAAAUCUGGUCUGAAGAAGAAGUUCCAGUCUGUGUUUGAGGGAAUUGCUAAAGCAGGAAGUCCAACCCUUCUGAACCAGAUCUACACAGAGCUCUACAUCACAGAGGGAGGGACUGGAGAGGUCAAUGAUGAACAUGAGGUCAGACAGAUUGAAACAGCAUCCAGGAAACCACACAGACCAGAAACAACAAUCAGACAAGAAGAAUUUAAAGUCCCACCUGGAAGAGAUCAACCAAUCAGAACAGUGAUGACAAAGGGAGUGGCUGGCAUUGGGAAAACAGUCCUAACACAGAAGUUCACUCUGGACUGGGCUGAAGACAAAGCCCACCAGAACAUCCAGUUCAUAUUUCCAUUCACCUUCAGAGAGCUGAAUGUGCUGAAAAAGAAAAAGUUCAGCUUGGUGGAACUUGUUCAUCAUUUCUUUAGUGAAACCAAAGAAAUCUGCAGCUUUGAACACUUCCAGGUUCUGUUCAUCUUUGAUGGCUUGGAUGAGAGUCGACUUCCACUGGACUUCCACAACAAGGAGAUCCUGACUGAUGCUACAGAGUCCACCUCAGUGGAUGUUCUGCUGACAAACCUCAUCAGGGGGAAACUGCUUCCCUCUGCUCUCCUCUGGAUAACCACACGACCUGCAGCAGCCAAUCAGAUCCCUCCUCAGUGUGUUGGCAUGGUGACAGAGGUCAGGUUCAAUGACCCUCAGAAGGAGGAGUACUUCAGGAAGAGAUUCAGAGAUGAGAAACAGGCCAGCAGGAUCAUCUCCCACAUGAAGACAUCACGAAGCCUCCACAUCAUGUGCCACAUCCCAGUCUUCUGCUGGAUCACUGCUACAGUUCUGGAGGAUGUGUUGGAGACCAGAGAGGGAGGAGAGCUGCCCAGAACCCUGACUGAGAUGUACAUCCACUUCCUGGUGGUUCAGACCAAAGUGAAGAAGGUCAAGUAUGAUGGAGGAGCUGAAACAGAUCCACACUGGAGUCCAGAGAGCAGGAAGAUGAUCGAGUCUCUGGGAAAACUGGCUUUUGAUCAGCUGCAGAAAGGAAACCUGAUCUUCUAUGAAUCAGACCUGACAGAGUGUGGCAUCGAUAUCAGAGCAGCCUCAGUGUACUCAGGAGUGUUCACACAGAUCUUUAAAGAGGAGAGAGGUCUGUACCAGGACAAGGUGUUCUGCUUCGUCCAUCUGAGUGUUCAGGAGUUUCUGGCUGCUCUUCAUGUUCAUCUGACCUUCAUUAACUCUGGUGUCAACCUGAUGGAAGAAAAACAAACGUCUAAGAAAUGUUCAUUAUUUAAUAUACUUCAACCAAAGUCUCUCCAUCAGAGAGCUGUUGACCAGGCCUUACAGAGUCCAAAUGGACACCUGGACUUGUUCCUCCGUUUCCUCCUGGGACUUUCACUGCAGACCAAUCAGAGACUCCUACAAGGUCUGGUGACACAGACAGGAAGUAGUUCACAGACCAAUCAGGAAACAGUUCAGUACAUCAAGAGGAAGAUCAGUGAAAAUGUGUCUGCAGAGAAAAGCAUCAAUCUGUUCCACUGUCUGAAUGAACUGAAUGAUCGUUCUCUAGUGGAGGAGAUCCAACAGUCUCUGAGUUCAGGAAGUCUCUCCACAGAUAAACUGUCUCCUGCUCAGUGGUCAGCUCUGGGUUUCAUCUUAGUGUCAUCAGGAAAAGAUCUGGAUGUGUUUGACCUGCAGAAAUACUCUGCUUCAGAGGAGGUUCUUCUGAGGCUGCUGCCAGUGGUUAAAGCCUCCAACAAAGCUCUACUGAGUGGCUGUAACCUCUCAGAGAGAAGCUGCGAAGCUCUGUCCUCAGUUCUCAGCUCCCAGUCCUCCAGUCUCAGAGAACUGGACCUGAGUAACAACAAGCUGCAGGAUUCAGGAGUGAAGCUUCUCUCUGCUGGACUGAAGAGUCCAAACUGCAACCUGGAAACUCUCAGACUGAGUGGCUGUAACCUCUCAGAGAGAAGCUGUGAAGCUCUGUCCUCAGUUCUCAGCUCCCAGUCCUCCAGUCUCAGAGAACUGGACCUGAGUAACAACAACCUGCAGGAUUCAGGAGUGAAGCUUCUCUCUGCUGGACUGAAGAGUCCAAACUGCAACCUGGAAACUCUCAGAUUAUCAGGCUGUUUGGUCUCAGAGGAAGGCUGUGCUUCUCUGGCCUCAGCUCUGACCUCCAACCCCUCCCAUCUGAAAGAGUUGGACCUGAGCUACAAUCAUCCAGGAGACUCAGGAGUGAAGCUGCUGUCGGCUGGACUGAAGGAUCCACACUGGAGACUGGAAGCUCUCAGGGUGGAGCCUGCUGGAGGCCGAUUCUUGACUCCAGGUCUGAGGAAAUAUUCCUGUCAACUCACCAUCGAAGCUUCGCAGCGUGACAUCACUGCUCUAGGCGGAAGGGAUCUGAGCGCCAUGUUGUUUGGCCACUGUGACGGCCCUGCUGAUGUUAAGAACUUUGAUCAGCUCCGCGAUCUGAUGUUGGAGGAAUUUAAAAACUGCUUACCGGAAGACAUUGCAACCUACAUUAAUGAACAGAAAGCUAAAAACGUUUCUGUGGCCGCGGUGUUGGUGGACGAGUUCUUGCUGACUCAUCAGGAUUAUUCGGGUCCUGUGGGUUUUAAACGCUAUUUUGGACGAGAUGUGAGCCGCAGUGAUCGGGUUGGUGGUGUCACUAAGCAAAUGGAGGCGAGGCAGUUUAAAAAUCCGGUUGUUCGGGAUGAUGAUCGGGGAGUUGGUUUGGCUGCGCCGGUGCGGAGUCCUUUAGAGGACAUGAAGAACACUCGGUCUUCUGAAUUGGCUGUGCGCCCUGCUUUGCCAAUUGACGGAGUCUCUGUGAUUUUGGGUAACGGUUUAGCAGGAACUCGCUUGUGGGCGGACGCUGCGCCGUUAGACGGGCUGGUUACUUCAGAGCCAGAUGAGCGACUCAUUCCUCAGACUGAGGGGAACGGGGAAUUCGCAGAUGUGUUUAGCGCAUGCGCAGUUACUCGUGCCUUUGCGCGCGGUCAGAGCGUGAAAGACGAGAAAUGUGUGAAAAUGAAUUUGCCUUUGUCUAGUUUUCCCACGUCUCUGUCUCGCACUGGGGGGAGCGAGACUUUCAGCACCACGGACAGCGCACUGUCACCUGUGGGAGAUGACAGCGACACUCCAGGUCGCAAGCAUUUGAUCGAACACGAUGUGGAUGUGGGAGACGCUAAACCAAUCAAGCAACGGUUUUACAGAGUGAAUCUGGAGAAGCGUAAGCACUUGGAUGUGGAAUUGGAUGACGUGGUGGUGUAUUCUGACACCUGGGGAGAGCAUGUGGAGCGCAUUCGGGAGCUUUUCACUCGUUUGGCGAGGGCGAGGUUAACGGUCAACCUGGCCAGAUGUGAGUUUGGAAGGGCGACCGUUACCUAUUUAGGCCGUGUGGUUGGCCAAGGUGAGGUCCGCCCUGUUGCAGCAAAGGUUCAGGCGGUAGAGCAGUUUCCUGUUCCAGCUACAAAGAAGGAGCUAAUGCGUUUUCUUGGGCUGGCUUUUGAACAGGUGAAAAGACUCCUCUGUGCUGCUCCGGUAUUGGCUGCACCACGUUUUCAACAUCCGUUCCAACUCUAUGUGGAUGCUAGUCAGGUGGUGCUGGAGCUGUCCUUACACAGACUGAUGAUCUGGGUCCUCAAUGUGGAGGCGCUUCCAUCAGACACCUGGAUGGUUUAUAAGGAGCGCCGUUCCAUUCAUGUGUGUGACUGUCAGAAGCCACCAUGUGCAGACGACCCGGAGAUCCAGGCCAGGAUGAGUCCAGGACCUCCUGGUGUGAAGGGACCAGACUGA